AUGGCCAAGUUUUGUACACCAUUGCUUCUGCUUAUCAUAAUUUGGACCACAUGGGCUCUAGCAGAAAAUCCAAAAGGAGAAGGAUUGUUGUCAUGCUUGCAAGCAGGCGGCAUAAAAAAUAUCACCGUCGUUUCCUCUGCAAACUUUGAUUCUCUGCUAGAUUUCAAUGCGCAGAAUCUUAGAUUCACAGAGCCUCAGGUGUCAAAACCAUAUGUUAUAAUUAUACCGGCAAGCAAAAGCCAGCUCCAACAAUCUGUGGUGUGCACAAUAGAAAAUGGAUGGGAGGUCCGUGUUCGCAGCGGAGGUGCCACUUUGGUCAAAAUUUAUUCCGCGGUCACAAGCAGUUCCCCCAAUCUGGCAUUUUCUGUAGGGAUUUGCCCGACAAUCGGCUCUGGCAGACAUAUCUCCGGAGGGGGUCAGAGCUUCAUGUUAAGAAAAUAUGGGCUUGCGGCCGAUAAUACUCUGGAUGCCUUGCUGAUAAAUGCGUCCGGUAAGAUAAUGGAUAAAAAUACAAUGGGUGAGGAUGUAUUUUGGGCUGUGAGAGGCGGCGGUGGUGGCAGCUGGGGAGUUGUUUUCGCGUUCAAAAUCGGGCUCGUGAGCGUGCCUUCAAUAGUCACGACCUUCAAUGCGCUAAGAUAUGGUAGAGACAACGUUACAGAUCUUGUGCACAGAUGGCAGUACUUGGCCCCUCAAAUGAAUGAGGACAUAACCAUGCGAACACAGCUCGGGGGUAUCAAUGUAAAUAACACCAAAGUUAGCAGAGCGUUAUUUAUUGGCCUAUUUCUUGGGCAGAAGGAAGGGCUCGUAGCUAAAGUAGGAAAGGUCUUUCCAGAGCUGGGAAUGGCGGCGAAUGAAACCCAUGAAAUGAGCUACGUAGAAAGCAUAGCCUAUUUCAAUUCCGAUCUAGAAAACAUCUAUGACAGGUAUUACCCCAGCAAGUCUUUCUUCAAAAUAAAAUCAGAUUUUGCCAAAUCCCCAAUUUCAAAAUCAGGGAUCAGUGGCCUGUUGGACAUCUUGGAAGAAGAGGUGACUUCCUUCGUGAAUUUGAAUCCUCACGGAGGGAGAAUGGACGGAAUACUUUCUUCUGCAAUCCCUUUUCCUCAUCGGGCGGGGAGUUUGUUUGGCUUGCAAUAUAUGGUUACCUAG